AGUUGGGUAAUUUUACACUCGUUGAUUAUGGGUUGCUUCUCGUCAAAGCCGGAAGAGACUAACGAACCUACUACUAGCAAGGACACUGCUGCUGCUACUACUACGCCUACUACUACCCAUACAGGAAUGGAUAUCGAUCAUACUGAUCCUAAGUUGCUACCCUCUGCCCAGUGCAUUGAGAUGCCUGCUGAGUUGCUUGAGAAGGAUGCGGCCAUUGCUAAGGAGGAAGAUAAGCCAGCAGCAGCAGCACCAGCAGAGAAGGAGGAGGUUGUUGAUCCGAAGUUGCUCCCUUCAGCCCAGACUAUCGCCCAACCAGUUGGCUUCGUUCUUGAGGCUCAAAAGAAGGAAGCUGAAGCUCAACAAGCUACUGCUGCUGCUGCUUCUAAGCAGUAGCGUAUGUUGUUACAUUGCAUGAUAUUGAUUAUACUAGUCGUUGUGGUGAUGAUGUUGAUGAUAACGAGAGGAGUCGAAGGUACUCAAGGUUGAUGUUGUUGUUGUCAUACAUAAUACCAUAUCGUAUCAUUAUCAAUAUACCCCUUCCAUUAUGGGCUUGUUGCUACAAGUACAGUAAAGCUUAGUAGUAGCCUAAACGCUCAAGUAUUCAGAAGAUAUUAUCUUCUAAGACUACCUUCUGCUGCUGCUGCUGCACUAUUCUCUGGACAUCCUUAUUAUCUCUAUUAGCAAAGGUUUGCUGUAGGGUACUAAACAUCAUCAUCGUUCUACCAGUUGUCGCUCUGAUGAUGUUAAUAUUAUAUACUACUACCAUGCAGUAUAUAGUAGGUAGUCUCUGUGUCUCAUAGUAUUGUUCUUCUUCUUGUUGUUGCUGACCAACCACCUCAUUUACUGCUAUUACUACCUCUAGUCAUACUAACAACUACUUUAUCUACUAUCAGUAUGAUCAUCAUAAUCAUCAUCAUCGUUGUUGUCUUAGCAGCAUCAUCAUUAUCCUCUCUGUGGGGAGAUUAUUAAAGCUUCUGACACGCAUGGUGGCGCUACUGGUGCACAUGCUGCACUGUACUUGUCCCCGUGAGAAGAUGUAUGCGUUGUUUGAGGUAUAUAAUUUAGCUCGGAGGAACAGCAUCAUCACCAUAAGGCAAGUCUCUCUU